AUGGCUAAACGGAAGGUGUAUGGUGAGCACAGGGAAUUUCAAGCCAGGUGGGAGGCAGAGUACAUGUUCACGGAGGUAAAAGGCAAACCUGUUUGUCUUCUGUGUGGAGAAAGUGUGGCUGUAAUGAAAGAAUAUAAUCUAAGAAGGCACUAUGAAACCUCUAAGAAACACAAAGACAAAGACAAGAAUAUGGACACGGAACAAAGGCUACAGAAGGUGGAAGAAUUAAAACGAGGUCUUAAGUCCUGGCAGGCUCUGUUCACAAAAGCAAAAUCACAAAGCGAGGCUGUUGUCAAGGCGAGUUUUCUUGUGGCAGAAGAAGUUGCAAAAUCAGCCCGACCAUUUAGAGAGGGAGAGUUUAUCAAAAACUGUAUGCUUAAAGUUUGUGACGCAGUGUGCCCAGACAAAAGGCAGCUAUUUUCAAACGUGAGCCUGAGCAGAAACACCGUUGCUGAACGUGUAGACCAGCUGUCCACCAAUCUAAAAGAACAGCUUGUGGAAAAGGGAAAAGAUUUCAUUGCAUAUUUCCUUGCUGUGGAUGACAGCACUGACACAACUGACAUUGCCCAGUUGUCAAUUUUCAUUCGUGGAGUGGACUCCAGCCCGACCGUAACAGAAGAGUUUUUGGCGUUACGUCCGAUGCAUGGCACGACUACAGGACAAGAUCUGUAUGAAGAGGUAUCCAGAUGUGUAAAUGAGAUGGGACUGCCUUGGGAAAAACUCGUGGGAUUGACAACAGACGGAGCACCCGCGAUGUGUGGACACAGGAGUGGAUUGGUGGCAAGGAUACGUGAGAGGAUGCGGGACGAAAAUGUCACAGAGGAGCUGACAGCUUAUCACUGCAUAAUACACCAGGAGUCGUUAUGUGGCAAAGCCUUGAAAAUGGAACAUGUAAUGACCAUCAUAACGCGUGCAGUUAACUUCAUCAGAGCCAAAGGUUUAAAUCACCGCCAGUUCAAGGCAUUUCUGGGCGAGUUAGAUACAGAGUAUGGUGACUUGCCCUAUCACACAGAUGUGCGAUGGCUAAGCCAGGGAAAGGUGCUGCAAAGAUGUUUCGAGCUUCGUGAGGAGAUCUGUCUGUUCAUGGAAAGCAAAGGGAAAGACACAACAGAACUUCGAGAUGAAACAUUUAUGUGUGAAAUGGCGUUUCUGUGCGACAUCACAAGCCAUCUGAAUGUGAUGAACCUGCAACUGCAGGGACAGGGGCGUGUCAUCUCUGAUAUGUACAGUACGGUGAAGGCGUUUAAAACCAAGCUGAGUCUGUGGGAGACCCAGAUGCAGAAAGAAAACUUGAGCCACUUUCCCAGCUGCCAGACCAUGAAAGAGAAGCUCUCUACCGCUGUGUUCCCAAGUGCAUGGUUUGCCGAUAAACUCAACAUACUUGCCGCCGAGUUCCGAUGCCGAUUUGCUGACUUUGAAGCUCAAAAAAGCAGGUUUGAACUACUUGCCAAUCCUUUUGGAGUUGAUGUGGAAAGCGCACCACCAAACCUCCAAAUGGAGUUGAUUGAGCUCCAGUGCAAUGACACACUGAGGGAAAAAUAUGAGAGAGUGGGUGCCGCUGAGUUUGCACAUUUCAUCCCCGACACAAUGCCUCAGCUGUGCAUCCAAGCUGCUCAGACGCUCUCCAUGUUUGGCAGCACAUACCUGUGUGAACAAUUGUUCUCUUUGAUGAAGCUAAACAAAACAUCACACUGGAGCCGUCUUACUGAUAAACACCUUGACUCAAUUCUGAGGAUUUCCUCAGCUCAGAGCCUGACCCCGAACAUUGAUGAACUCGUACAAAAGAUGAGACACCACCAAGUAUCAGGCUCAGGCUCAGACAAGUGA